AACCUAUCUAUGAAGGGAGAAUGAAAGUGCUGUUAUUGUGUGCAAGCUCUGUAUUCUAUUUGGUUGGGGCGAUCAUCUAUCUGUAAGACAAAGACAAGGCAUAUACUUAUAUAUAUAUAUAUAUGAGAUAGAUAGACACAUAGCUAGCUAGGUAGUGUUAAAUUAGAAAUCGAUCGAAAAUGGGGGUUGAAGGUACAUUGGAUUACCUGUCUGAUCUGAUGAGCGCAGCGAGAAGGAAGAAGAAGAGGCAACUCAACAAUGUCUCCCUCAAAGUCCGAAUGGACUGUCCCGGCUGCGCCGAAAAGGUCAAGAAUGUCCUCUACUCCAUGAAAGGAGUGAAAUCAGUGGACAUCGACUUGAAAGAGCAGAAGGUGUCAGUGUACGGGUUUGUCGAUGCAAAGAAGGUGCUGAAGAAGGCUCAGAGCACUGGCAAGAAGAGCGAACCAUGGCCAUAUGUCCCCUACGAGCUCAUGGCCCACCCCUACGCUGCCGGUGUCUACGACAAGAAGGCCCCCGCCAACCAUGUCAGGGGGACUGAUGUCCCCGGCAUCGCUACCCUCAACCCCGUGGAAGAGAAGUAUGCUCUCAUGUUCAGUGAUGAGAACCCCAACGCCGCCUGCUCCCUCAUGUAAACCUAUUUCGAUCAAUUAAUUUACUAUAUACUGAUAUGCAUAUAUAUAUAUAUAUAUAUAUAUAUGAUUACACAUCAGGCACAUGCAUGCACAGAUAUAUAAUCACUUGCUGCUGAUCAUUGUUACAGCUGUGAUCGAUCAAUUUCAAUGUACGUAUGUGUCCACAACAACACAGCCAAAGGCAUACAUAUAUUGAAUAAAAAUAAACGAGUACUAUUCAAUGUGGUAAUAAUAAUAAUAAUAAUAAUA